AUGGCGGCCAAAAAAGGUUUCCCAGGCAGCCGCCAAGCCCAGCCUCAGCGCCAGGGACACCGGAAAAGCAGACGUUCCUUGCUAAGACCGAUAGGUAGAAUGAACUCUUACUCGUGUUUUGUUCAAACAUGCCGGGAGGAACUGCAAAAGAGCCACCCGGGCACCGAGGUGAGCUUUGCCAAAUUCUCCAAGCACUGUGCCCACCGAUGGAAGGCUCUGUCCCUCCAGGAGAAGGCCCACUUCCAGGCCCUGGCCCAGGCAGAAUGUCGCAGCUGUCCCCGAGAGAUGAGGAGCUACAACACUUCCAUUGAAACCAAGGCCCCGAAGACACGAAUGUCGGCCUUCCUGCUAUGUUGCCAGGAAUACCGCCCCCAGCUCCGGGCCGACUACCCCAACCUGUCCCUGGUGCAAGAGUCCCGCUGCCUCAGAGCCAUCUGGCGCGGGCUCUGCGGGAUCUGCAAGAAGGAAUACCAGCGCUUUGCAAAAGUGGCUGCGUACAUGCAAGACAUGUGCCGCAAGGAUGUUGAGAAAUACAGGAAGUCAAAGAAGAUCGCCUAUGCCAGGUCUCUGCGCCGGGAGAGUGUGGCUGGGAAGCGGCGCCGGGAGGAGGAGGAGUAG